CCGUCUACAGUUCAGAAAUCCCAAGCACCAUGGCCAAGGACAAAGAGACCGGCGUGCGGCCUCUGUGCGCCGCUGGUGAUAGGAGAGCCAUGCCUCUCGAGACUUGCCACCUCGUCGCUCUGCUCCUCUUGCUACUCAUGGCUACUGGUCGCUGCCUCGCGGCCACCGGCGGUGGCGGCACCGAUGACGGUCGGGAGUUCGCCUACAACGGCUUCACAGGCGCGAACCUGACGCUCGAUGGCGCCGCCUUCACACCGGAUGGCCUCCUCAUGCUGACCAACGGCACCACUCAGGCAAAAGGCCAGGCCUUCCACCCGUCCCCGCUGCCGUUCCGCGUCGAGGCGAACGCCACCGGUGCCGCACGGUCCUUCUCCACUACUUUCGUCUUCGCCAUCUACGGGCAGUCCGCCAACCUAAGCAGCCCCGGCAUGGCCUUCUUCGUUUCCGAAUCCAAUGAGGCGCUCUCCACUGCGAUGCCAGGCCAGUUCUUGGGCCUCCUCAACCACACCGAUGGAGGUAACCGGAGCGAGCACAUCUUUGCCGUGGAGUUCGAUACGCUCUUCAACGACGACUUCCGCGACAUCAACAACAACCACGUCGGAGUCGACGUCGAUAGCUUGGUGUCGGUCGUAUCCGCAGUGCCCGGGUACCUCGAUGACUUCGGAUAUAAUGGGUACGGCCCAAAGUUCAAUAACCUAAGCCUGACCAGUGGGAAGGCCAUGCAGGUGUGGGUGGACUACGACGGCCGGGCCACACAGGUCAACGUGACCAUGGCUCCCUUGGGCGUGGCCAGACCCAAGUACCCUCUUCUGCAGACCACCGUCGACCUCUCGGGUGUGGUGCAGAGCACGGCGUGCAUUGGCUUCUCGGCGGCAACGGGCGCACUCGCCACAGGACACUUCGUCUUCGGCUGGAGCUUUGCGCUGGAUAGCCCAGCCCCUGCGCUGAACAUCUCAGCGCUGCCGGCCUUGCCGCCGUUAGCCUGGCCCAAGCCAAAGUCCAAUUCCAAGAUUCUGGAGAUAGUGCUGGCCGUAACGUCGGCGACGGUGGUUUCCGCCAUAGGCCUCGGAAUCUACAUAUUUGUAAGACGUCUCACGUACUCUGCGGUGCAUGAAGACUGGGAGGUCCCGUUUGGCUCAAAUCGAUUCUGUUAUAAGGACUUGUUUCAUGCAACCGAGGGGUUCAGUGACAAGAACCUACUUGGGAGGGGAGGUUUCGGAAGUGUAUAUAAGGGUGUGCUUCGUAAGCCUGGCAUGGAGGUCGCAGUGAAGAGAAUGUCACAUGAUUCAAGGCAAGGGGUUAAGGAGUUCAUCACCGAGGUGGUGAGCAUUGGUCGUCUUCGGCACCGAAAUAUCACACAAUUGUUGGGCUAUUGCAGGCGUAAGGGGGAGCUUCUACUGGUAUAUGACUACAUGGAAAAUGGUAGUCUUGACAAGUACCUACACACAAGAAAUGGCCCAACUAUAUGCUGGUCCCGGAGGUAUUCGAUCGUCAAAGGUGUGGCAUCAAGUUUGUUAUAUCUCCAUGAGGAUUGGGAGCAGGUCGUCAUCCACAGAGAUACAAAGGCAAGCAAUGUGCUCUUGGAUAGUAAGAUGAAUGGAAGGUUGGGCGAUUUUGGUCUUGCAAGGAUAUACGACCACGAAACCACCGCUGAAACCACCCAUGUGGCUGGCACUAUCGGAUAUCUUGCACCUGAGCUCUCGCGCGCGGGGAGGCCAACACCCUUCUCUGAUGUGUACGCGUUUGGUGUGUUUCUCCUAGAGGUCACAUGUGGACGCAAGCCAAUCUUCAUCGAUGAGCAAAACAACCGGGUGUUGUUGGUCGAGUGGGUGCUUGAGCACCACCAUGACGGCUCAAUGCUCGACACGGUGGAUCCACGACUCGGAAGGGAAUUCAACACGGAGGAGGUAACCAUCGUGCUCAAAUAGGGUUUGCUAUGCACGUACCCGUCACCCAAUGCACGGCCUAUCAUGCGAAAGGUCAUGCAGUACCUCGACCAUGGUCAAUCGCCUCCUGAUUUAUCUCCGGCCUACAUAAGCUAUAUAAUGAUGGCCCAAAUGCAAAAUGAAGGAUUUGAUUCACACAACAUGCCAUGUUCUCAGCCCGCAAUGAGUGUCGCCACUGUGUCGGAUGAGACCAUUUUGCGAGAGGGAAGAUGAAUCAUGUAUGUAAUUGACCUCUCUCUCUCUCUCUCUCUCUCUCUCUCUCUGUUUUCACUAAUUUGGUGGAAGGAGUUGUAUUAAGAAGUUAUGCUUUGUUGCUGUCAAACAAAAAGCUAUGCUUGUGGUUCGGCAUAGCUCCGUCCUGCAUGUUGGAACUGUCCAUUUUCCGUUCAAUGAAUGUUGGUUAAUCACUAUAUGUAUAAGUACAAGUGGUUAAGAAA